AUCGAUAUUUGAAUCGACCCGCCCGCCACUAGGUGACGCCCUCUUUUCCAAGUCUUUCAACGAACUUGACCGGACGCUUUUUUUAUACAACCCGGAAGUCUUUCCUGUAUCAAAUAUGUCUUUGAGUAGAAAAAGUGACGAAGAGCUCAGCAAGAUGCUCUCCGACUACGGAAUUAAACACGGACCUAUAGUUGACUCCACUCGUAAGCUGUAUCUAAAGAAGCUUGAGAAGGCCAUGGGACAACACCCAGGACAAGCCUCCUCUGAUAGGACUUACUACAGGGAGGAAGAAGAAGAAAUUACGUACAUCACGUACCACAACCCGGUCAAACAUGAAGGUUACACAAACACGCCGAUGCGGAGACGUGACCAUGCCAAUGAAGAUGAGGAGUCAGAUGAAGAGAUACAGCCCAUCCAGUGUGGUAGAAGAGCCGGUAACCAGAACGCAGUAUAUUCCAAAGAGGGGGCCAAGUCUGGAUGCAGCGUGUGGCGAGCGAUAAUGAUACUACUGCUGAUAGCAGUGUUAGCAGCUGCCUACUACAUGUAUUGUCAAAUCGUCAACAAGGACGAAAAUCCUUUCAGGCUGGAUUAACGUGUAGGAUAACACGUUCAUAUUUUUCUAUGGUCUUUUAAAUUUUGUGAAUGCUGUAUGCAAAGCCAAAUAAAAGAUGUACUGAUAUAGUAGUACAAAGUGGGACGUUUCAACACUAUGAGAGAUUUGCUUUAGUAAAGUGAACAUCCAACUAAAUGUCAUGUCCUUCGAGGGUUGCCAACUGAAAAAACUAAAAGCCUAAAAAGGACCUUCUAUGUCCCUUAUUAGUUGGAGAAUGUUGCUUUAUAUGAAACUUUACAGCAGAAGUACCUGCCUUUUGUGGAACACUAAAUCAUCAUGUUUUACUGUAGCGACCCUAUUAUAGUCUACUAGCUACUUUUCAGUCAAAAAACAUACAUCUAAUUAAAUCCAGGUUAGGGUUACUCAAAUAGUAUAAAAAUCAGAUCAGGUGUGGAAUCAGAUUUUAUAUUUAAGGGAGUUGUCAAUCCAAUUCCAGACUCAGUAUGACCACAAAUUAAGAAACCUGUGUGAAACUGUGCAAUUUACAAACAUACUGAGCCUUUAAGGGAAUAUUGCUUGUGUUUUUUCUUAGCUUUCUUGCACAUGCUAAUAAUUUUUAGAUAAAGGUGUUCAUCAUUGCUUUUUUUUUUUUGCUGGAUUUCACGGUUUGAUUUGCAUGUUUCCGUUCAUUAUGUAUAUGAUGAUGGCAUAGGAAAUAUGAAUGUUUUUUUUAAAUAAAUACUUUCAUAUACAUCCAAAUGGGCCUCCUCGUGUCACGUUAAACCAAACACUCAAAUAUUUUUCUGCAUGAAUGGACACAAACAAAGAUAUUGUAGAAACUCUUACCAGGGGAGACCAACUAUAUUUGUUUCAUAUAGUCUCCUAGCAUAUUGCAAUGAAGUUAACAUUAAAGAUUACAAAAGAUAAAAGUGAGUAUAGAAACAUUUGGAAUAAAGCCAUAUAAAGUAGUACUAUACUGUAUAUAUUUACAUGUAUAAAAUUAUAAAUAACAUAGUAUGUGCAAACAUUGCAUUCAAUAUGACAUGAAAAUGCAGCAUCAUCACACUUAAAAACUGCCAUAAGUCAAUGCAGUGAACAUGCAAAGACUGUACAAUUGAACACUUGGAGAUAACGUUCACUGCCGACUUAAAGGCCAGUUAUGUUGAGGUCAGCAGGCUGAGUGGAUGUAUGACGUGCUGCUUCUAACAUCAUGGGCUCAGCGGCUGACCUAGAACAUAAGAACAAACUAGUUAGCCUUUUAAAAUCCCCUUUCAUGUUCUGUGUAAACGGCACCGACACAAAAUGGGUGGAAUUUGAAGCGAGAUGCAUACAGUCCGUUUUAGAUGCUACAAUGUUAAAGUACGACA